UAAGCAAUUGAUUAAAUUGAUAAAGGCACAAGCGGUGCCACCUACAGGGAUCGUAGUGUUUAGUAUAGUUUUCAUUUCAAGUCCAGAAAAUGGCGAACAUUGGCAAUUCACGAGAGGAAUCAGAAGAUGAAGAAGGCUUCUCGUAUGCUAUGCACCUUGUCAACUAUACUGUGUUUCCCCUGUCAUUACAAACCGCCACUGAACUUGGAGUAUUUGACGUGUUGCAAAAAGCAGGUCCAAAUGCUAAGCUCUCUGCUAAGCAGAUUGCGUCCCAGCUUUCGUGCAACAAGAAUCCAGCAGCGCCUUCAAUGCUAGAUCGCAUCCUCGCCCUUCUUGCUUCGAACUCUGUUCUUAAAUGCUCUGUCUCUGUCCUUCAAGAUGAUGAACAAAACCUUGAAGCCUUUCAGAGACUCUACACCAUCACUCCUGUAGCCUCAUUGUUUGCUCGCAAUUCUGAUGGUGUUUCCUUAGGGCCAUUGAUGGCCUUAAGUCAUGACAAGGUCUUCCAAGCUAGCUGGUCCCAACUGAAAGAUGCAAUUCGGGAAGGGGGAAUUCCAUUCAACAGGGCUCACGGUACACAUGCCUUUGAGUAUCCAAGCUUGGACUCUAGGUUCAAUCGAGUUUUCAAUGAUGCAAUGAUCGAUCACACCACUCUAGUUAUGAAGAAGAUUCUUAAACACUACAAAGGUUUUGAGGGCAUAAAAAGGCUUGUGGAUGUAGCUGGUGGCCAUGGGAUUAACUCGAACUUAAUCGCUUCCAAAUACCCUCAUAUUGAGGCUAUCAAUUUUGACUUGCCUCAUGUCAUACAACAUGCCCCUCCCUAUCCUGGAGUGGAGCACGUUGGAGGAGAUAUGUUUGAAAGUGUGCCUAAGGGAAAUGCCAUCUUUAUGAAGUGGAUACUUCAUAAUUGGAGUGAUGAGCUAUGCUUGAAGCUCUUGAAGAAUUGCUAUAGUGCCAUUCCUGAUGAUGGGAAGGUGAUUGUUGUGGAGUCAUUUCUUCCAUUUGUACCUGAGAAUAAUCAUGUUUGGAAGUCUGUAUCUACAUUAGAUGUUCUGAUGAUGACUCAAUUCUCCGAAGGGAAAGAGCGAACUGAGCAACAGUUCUUGGAAUUGGCAACUGCUACUGGAUUUAGUGGCGUUAGAUAUGAAUGUCAUGUUUAUACCUACUGGGUUAUGGAGUUCUUCAAGUAGAUAUACGUAGAAUUAUUUAUCUGUUUCAGAAUUAUUGUCCUAAAUUAAGAGUAUCAUGUUUUGAAUUAUUUAUGUUUUUAUAAUGAAAGAUGAAUUAUAUAUCUUCGAGCAAAUCUUCCCCAAAGGUCCAUUUGGCGUGAUUGUGAGUUUUUUUUUUUUUUUGUUUUUUUCAAAUGUACAUUU